GUCAGCAGUUUGUUUUCGUUCGCCGAACGUCCGCGGUGAAUGUGCGGUGUUGUGCGAGGCUGCGGCUAAUGCAAAAUCAUUUGAAAUUCUGCACGCACAGCUGGCAGUAAUUCAGUGAAAAAUUUGCAUCAAAAGAGCACAAAAGUGUUUUAUUUGCGCUCUGGACGUGUUCGAUUGAAGUCGGGGUACGAUUUCGACGUGGAACGAUGUGAUUUUUGGUGUUAUUUUAGUGUUUUACGACUAGUGUUUACUUUUCGAGAGAUCGAUACGCGGCAGCAGCAGUCAGGCUCUGAUAUAGCCGUCGUACGCACUCAAAACACAGAGCCGAAGCGUGUGGAGCGAAGAAUGUUUUCGAGUCGAUCGAUCUAGAGUGCGGUGUUCUAAAUCUUGGUUGUAGAGUGGGAAAUAGUGAUAUUUUUCUGUUUACAAAGUGCGUGAUAGGUUUAUAAGUAAGUUUAGAAGUGUAACAAACCUUGGCAGCAUGAUGCUGUGCUACGAAGGCAAGCUGAGCCUGUACUGCUUUGUCAGUGCCGUGUUCAGCCUGGCCCUGCAGUGGAUUUUCUUCGAGCUGGGUGUGUUUACCGUGGAGGUUGGGUUCUGGAUCAAAGCAGGCUUCCUGGGGGUGUACUAUCUGGUGCUGAAUGGCGUCAUUCGGUUGAAGUUCAAUACCAAAGAUUAUCAGAUUGCCGUGCGGGCGACGUUCCUGGGAGCGGUGUUCUCGCUGGGGGUCAUCAUCUUCCAGAACUGCACGGAGGAGUACAAAUCGUUCGGGGUUUACGUUACGCUGAUGUCCGUAUUCCACUAUUCGGAAUAUCUGGGAAUAGCGUUCUGCAAUCCGAAGACACUUUCGCCGGAUUCGUUCAUCUUGAACCACUCGCUGCACUAUGCCCUGGCGGCGAUGGCCAGCUGGCUGGAGUACUUCGUCGAAGUGUAUUUCUACCCUGACAUGAAAACAUACCGACUCCUGUGGCUGUUGGGAUUGGUGCUAUGCUUCACCGGCGAAGCCCUUCGGAAGUUAGCCAUGAUAACGGCAAGCAAAAACUUCAGCCAUAUUGUCCAAUUUGAGCACCACCAAGGCCACGAGCUGGUCACCCACGGCGUAUACAGCCUGAUGAGGCACCCCUCGUACGUGGGCUGGUUCUGGUGGUCCAUCGGGACGCAGGUCGUCCUCGCGAAUCCGGUGUGCUUCGUGAUCUACACCAUCGCCAGCUGGAAGUUCUUUCACGAUCGGAUCUUCAUGGAGGAGAUCACACUGUUGAACUUCUUCGGCGAGGAGUACUACAAGUACCAGCAGCGGGUACCGACGGGACUGCCGUUUAUUCGGGGGUUCAAGGUGGAACUGUGAUGUUUGGAGGGCGAUCAUCCGGAGGGGAAAGGAGGUGACGAUGAGGAUGGCGAAGGCGGUGGUACGAUGUCACCGGAAGAGACUGAUCAGUGGGCCAGGAGGAAGGGAAGGCACGAUAGCACGAGGAUUACGCUGAAGGAUAGUGAUGGGGACGAUGAGGACGAGGAUGAUCGCCGGAAUAUGACCGGAAGUUUUUACCAUGGACGAAAUCGACGUUAUUCCGGUAGCUACGACAAUGUGUACGAGGAGUCGACGGUGGUUUGAGGUGGAAUGCGAGAGUUUGAGAUUGCUUGUGGGUUUUCGUUUUUAUACUCAUUCAUAUUGGUUCCUCAUGAAAUCGAUUUGUGGGGUAUAUUUAAACCAUCUCGAAGAUUAUAGAAGAAGCACAGUUGACGUUUAAAACAAAUUUAGUCAUUACAAUUAGGGUUUAGGAAGAUGCGAACUUCCUUACGAAUUUAUCUGUCUGUUAAAAUGGAUGGUAUGCAUCAAAUACAAAUUAAACUGCUGACAGUAUAAGAAAGUAUCACAUAAAGUCUAAAACUAGGUGGGAUGCUGAACUUACCGUCUCGAGAAGAUUGGAAUCAUCAUAUCUGUUGAUUUUUCAGAAUGAGCGGUGCCAAUACAGAGUAGCUGAGUAGCAGUUUGCAAACCAAAUUAACGAGUAUGCAUUUCAGCAGAUUAUUCACCGAGUUUGUUAAAUUCUCUGGGAACCAAUCAUUAGCCACUACAAAUACCAGGAGAGAUUACGUUCAUUUAUCAAUUAUCUGCUGUUUUCGAUCGAAUUGCUCGGAAAUUAGAUAUCAAGGACACAUUUGGGCUGAUUCUACAAGUGGAGUGGCGUGACGCAGGUCGACGCGCAUAUCGAGGUGAAAAAUGUCGACUCAAAUGAAGUGACUCUCCAUUUGUUUACAUGGCAAAUCAGCUUAUUCGAGUCCAGAUUUGUCACCUCGAUAGCGAGUCGAACUGCGUCACAUCACUCCACUCGUUGAUAUGAACACAAAUGUCAACUACGUUCAGAUAAUUGUGCUCAUUCUGCGAAUGGAGUGACGUGACAAAAGUCGAAAUCGUAUUUAUUUUGAGGUGAGAAACAUCGACUCAAAUGAAAUAACUCUCCAUUUGAUUUAAAUGGAGAGUCACUUCAUGCGAGUCGAGAUUUCUCACCUCGAUUUGCGACUUCGACUUUUAUCAUGUCACUCUAUUCGCAGAAUGAGCACAAAUAUAUCGCUGACGACAACCGCAUCAAUUCUAACUCCUAUGAGCAUUUUCAUGCUUCGAUCUUCUUUUGAAACAGUGAUUUUCUACGGAAAAAUUGCACAAACCUACUGCAUCUUGUGGCCAAGCUUUUGAAACAAUCUUUCGACGAAUUCCAGACGAUUCUCCAGUCUAACGUUAUGCUGCUAACUCAUUGGACGAAGUUAUCGACAGAUCAUAUGUAAGUCUCUUCUACAGCUUUGAGAUUUAUGCUCAUUCUACAAGUGAAGUGCCGUGACAGAGCUCGACUCAUAUAUCGAGGCUAGACUUUAUUUUUAGCCCAGGGCAAGGAAACCACGCCUUCACUAAUCUUCUGAACUGAGCAAAAACUCAUGUUUUUCUUUCUAUCCACUGAUGAGAAAUCUCGAGUCGAUUGAGGUGACUCUUCAUUUGAUUUACAAAGCGAGUCACCUCAUUCUAGUCGAGUUUAGUUACUGCGAUAUAAGAAUCGAGCUGCGUCACGUCACUCUACUCGUAGAAUGAUUACAAGUAUCAUCUAAAACAAUGUUUAUAUAUUUUUAGCAUACUUUAUUUGUAUAUCGUGUGGUGCAUACCGUCCUUAAAAUUACUGAAUUAAAAUCAAUGCUUCCGUAAAAAAACUUGUUCAUUUAAAUCCAAAUAGUCGAUUCGUAUUAUUUAAAUUAAAGUUUCACACAACGCUUAUCUAAAGACUUACUAACUUAUAUGUGUACUAGUGUAUCAGUAAAUUAAAAUCGUACCAGUCCAAUUAUAUUUCAGUGCCACAUCGAUACGUAUUUAGUAGAGAAAAAAAAUGCAGUUACUGUGUCAAAAUAGAACGCUGUUAAGAUUAUUACUUACAUUACUUAGAAACAAAACCGUGGAACCACACAAUUAGAGAGAUAUUCGCGCAAUAAUCACACACAACUUAUAAUUCAAUCUAAAACGAAUGAAUGUUAAAAAACGUUUGGAAAAACCUUUCAGAGAUAAAUAAAAGUUGUAAAUAAUGCA